AUGGGGAUAAAAAGUCAAAGAUAAAUACAUUGAUAAACUAUUUACAAUAAACGCUGCAAUAUUUAAAUCAAAAAAAUUACUUUAAUUUUUAACUUCACUGGGACUUUAAACCUUAACGUGGCUUUAGGUGUGAAAACAAAAAUAGUUUUUCAUGGACACCUUUUUUAAGUCUAUAUGUGAAUUAUCAAAUUCACUUAGGACGAUGUACGGAAUGAUAUUUUUGCAUCUUAUUUUUAUUAAUGAAUAACAUUUGCAUACAAACAUAAAUAGUCACCAAGUGAUGUACCUAAUCAGUGGUAGCCUGCAGUGUUCAAUAGUAAAGGAUAAUUUUAAAAUAUUUUUUUUCAGAAAGAGAUAUAUUUUUGCUGUGGUCCGUAAACAACAAGUGGGGUCUAGCAAUACCAGGUGGCAUUUUGUUCAAAUGUUGAAUGACUUAGUAUAAUAGAAGAAUUUCCCUUUGAGGUUAAGUUGCAUAUCGUUACUUUCGACCCCAUCGAUAGGGACGAAAGUAACACACCAAUAUAAGACAUAUUUUUUGUGUUUCUCUGGUUUUUAUGAAUUUAACUGAAUAUGACCUUGUUAAUAUGUAACUGCAAACAACUUAUGUCUUUUAUCUGUGCAAAAAAAAUAUUACAUCAUAUUUCAUUUUAAAUUUCAGUUUUAUCACACGUUUAAAAAAUAACCCGGUAGUACAAACUUUUAUUGUUUUGAAUAUUUUAUGAAUGGCAAUGUCAAUGCAUUUUAACAAACGUUUAAACACUUUGAACAAUAUGAAAAUGUAAUUAAAUCAGUGUAAUCUACUCACAGUUACUUUCGUUACUUUCGUUACUUUCGUCCCUACAGGAACUCCUGACAUUUAAACCCGAUUUACUUUUAUAAUGAAAAACUCUGACAAGGCAAACUUCAGGAUGUGUUACAGCAGUGAAUCACCUGUAGAUCAUGAUCAUUACUGUGACACAUGUAACGAGAAAUAAAACUUGUAAUUAGAAAAAAAGCACAGCUUCAGUAAUGUACUGCCCGAUUACCGUUUUCAGGCGUAAAGGAUGACGUAAUCACGUGAUAUUCGACAGCAAGGUCAAAGGUUGCGUAUUGAACGUGACGUCUAAGCUUGGAACGCAAACGUAGUCAUGGCACUGUUAGUUUCGUCCCCGCUCUCCCCUACGAGUAGAGAGCAUAUGACGUAUGUUCUCGCUCUCCAGUCAUUACGGUAACCGGUGAUCCAACAGUUGCGCUCUGUGUGUCAUGCAAUGAAUGAGAUAACAACAGUUGAUUUAAUCAACCCUGUGUGUUAUUACGUGUGUGAUCGACAGCAUUUACACAGAUAAUCACAGACAAAUAGUUUUUUUUCGAUUUCACAACAGUGAGGUUUGUUUAGUGAGUGCGCGGAUAUCGUGACCACGCGCAGCCGCGUAUUGCACACCGAGUCAACGUUCGUUCGGGCGCGUUUUGUGUGCAGCGGGUGCGCGCUGUUUAUGUGAACGGAGCGAGUCGUUGUUUGCUGAAAUAUAAUGACUAUGUCAGUCCAGGAGAAGACUUCAGGUGAGGAGAAGGAGGAAGAAAGCGAGGAUGAGAGCGAGAUUGUGGAGGAGAGUCCGUGCGGACGCUGGCAGAAGAGAAAGGAUCAGGUGAGUCAGGGAAAUGUUCCUGGUGUGGAAAGCGCCUCUCUCGCCAUGGACACUGAGGAGGGUGUGGAGGUGGUGUGGAAUGAGGUUAUUUUUCAUGACAAAAAGGUCUUCAAGACAGUAGAGGACAAAAUUAAGGAGAUGUUUGAGAACCUCAUGCAGGUGGACCACCCCAAUAUUGUCAAAUUUCACAAAUACUGGCUGGACAUUGGGGACAACCACGCUCGGGUGGUGUUCAUCACAGAAUACAUGUCUUCUGGCAGCCUGAAGCAGUUCCUGAAGAAGACCAAGAAAAACCACAAGACCAUGAAUGUAAAGGCCUGGAAACGCUGGUGCACACAGAUUCUGUCUGCCCUCAGUUAUCUUCACUCCUGUGAUCCUGCCAUAAUUCAUGGCAAUCUCACCUGUGACACAAUCUUUAUUCAGCACAAUGGCCUUAUUAAAAUCGGAUCAGUUUGGCACCGACUCUUUGUGAAUGUGUUUCCUGAAGGAGGUGUCCAUGACAAGAUACACCAACAUAGAGAAGACAAAAAAAACCUCCACUUCUUUUCCCCAGAGUACGGCUUACUGUGUAUAUAUUCUUUCUUCUCAGCAUGUGAGGAUGACUACGCCAUAGACAUCUUCUCCUUUGGGAUUUGUGCAUUGGAUAUGGCUGUGUUGGAGAUCCAAGCCAAUGGGGAUUCACUUGUGUCUAAGGAGGCCAUAACUAAUGCUGGCCAAUCAUUAGAAGACCCUCUCAUGAGAGAGUUUAUUCAGACAUGUGUAGGUCCCAACCCCAAGCUCCGGCCAAUGGCACAUGACCUGCUGUUUCACCGUGUGUUAUUUGAAGUGCAUUCACUGAAGUUGCUGGCAGCACACUGUUUCAUCAAUAACCAGUACAUGCUGCCAGAGAACUGUGUUGAAGAGAAGACCAAAUCAUUUGAUCCCAAUGGCGUCAUGGCAGAGAUUUUCCACAAAGAUCGUCCUCACGUUCAGCUCAAGUACUCUCAUGUUUCUCCUCUAGAACUCGACAAGUUUUUGGAGGACGUGAAGAACGGCAUUUACCCACUGAUGAACUUUGCAUCCGCGCGACCGCAUCCUGUACCCCGUGCCCUCACCAUGUCCCAAGAACAUGUGGAAACAGUAAAGACCCCCACACCUGAACCUCAAGAGGCGGAGACAAGGAAGGUGGUACAGAUGCAUUGUAACCUGGAGUCUAAUGACGAUUUGACUAAAAUUCAUCUCACCCUGUUCCUGAAGCUGGACGAUAAACUUCAUCGCCAGCUCAGCUGUGAUAUUGUGCCAACUGACAGUUCAAGAGAUUUGGUCAAUGAACUUAUCCAUUAUGCUUUCAUCAGUGAGGACGACAGUGACAAGAUUGUGGCGUUCUUGGAGGAUGCCUUAAGUCGCCACCGUGGGUCAGCGAAUCCCGUAACAACAAUAUGAACAACAACGGUCUGUUGCUAUGGCGAUGGACGUUGACAUGCCAUUGGAACUAGGAGGAAGGCCCAUCAGUAGAUAGAAGAGGGGCAGUAUAGGUAGCCAAUAAAGAAUUGGACCUGUGAUUGAAAGACAUGGCAUUGUUUCUAUGACAACAUGUGAUGGACAGGUUUGGGGGCCCCAGAAAUGCCGGUCUAAAGUGAUUGUGCUAAACUCCCCGUCCAGUAAUCCCAAGUGUCCUAUAGGAACUGUCCUUCCCACAAUCCCAUGGGGUGCUUUGGGUCUAAUCUGCGACGACACAAUUUACUCCUUCUUUUAGAGGUGUGUGUGGUAUAGUAAGUGUCCAUCGUGAGUAAUUGAGUCAGAUGAUAUAUAAGGGUGAAAAACAAUUUAGCUUUCAAUAUUGCCAUUCUUAUCACUUUUUACAAAACACGAUUUCAUGUGUUUCCGCAACAUUAACAAACCUAAUAACUUAAGGGUAUGAAAGAGUUACCUUAUCUGUGCCAUUAAACCAGAUGUGUUAUUUUUUAAGUAGAUGGGUAUAAACAUGUCGAUAGUUUAACUAUAUUUUAAGUUUAUAAUACCUGAAGAAAGCAGUCCGAUAACAUUUCCAUGCAUUUUGACUGCGGUUACGUGUGUUGAUAAGACCUAUGGGCCGGCCUCUUUGUGGCAUUACCAGUCACAUCUGUUAAACUGGAUGAUAUUAGUUAUCGUCGCAUCACGACACAUAUUGGAACGCAAUGAUAUUAUCUGUGAUAUUUUAACAUGACAGUUACCCGCAAUGCUAUCUUCCAAAUGCUUAUCUGAAUGAGGAUGCGAUAACCAAUGGUUUCAGACAGAAGACAAAAAACUGAUUGUACGUUUUUUGCAAUCAAAUGCAUUUCUCCACAAUCAGAAUGUUUAAAUAUGCAGCUGAAGUGUUUUGUAUGAUGCAUGUUGAGGAAUAAAUUGCCUUGGGUAACUUUGCUGUCUGCCGGUGUCUUAUAAAUAAAAAUAAUUUAGAGAAUGAUACAUUUCAUAUAAAACCACGUGUAGGAUCUUGGUUAGUCAGCCAGCUAACCAUGCCGUCUGACUGCACAAUUUUGGUUGUGAUUUAUUUUAGUUUCAAACAUCAUUAUGAAUAAAAUGAAAAUGAACUCUAA